UAUUUUCAAAUAUUCACAGGGGACUGCUGGCUUAUUUUGAUAUAAACAGAGCUGUGCUUAAUGUCUACUUUGCUAUACAAGUUGCAUGUGUUCCUAAAUAUUCUUCCUUGUGAUUCUAAUUGGUACAAAUUAGAACACUGAUAGGCCCAAGGGCUUCUUGUCUAUUAUUGUUGAGAAAAAGUAAAUGACUUCUUCCUAGAUAACCUAUAUGUAAAUGUAAAGGUACUCUAUAUUAGUAGAGUUCUGGAGAGGUUGAGAAAGUUUCAUUUUUAGGUCAUGUGUAUGAGAUCAAUAGAAAAGAUGGAGUAUAGGGAGCAGGAAUGGUGGAAGGCCCAGAAUGCCUGCCUUCUUGGAUUGGGAGCCUGCGAUGUAGGAAGGUUUAGUAAUUACUCAAGGUCAUCCCAAUUCAAGUGUCCGAGGAAGAAUGUAUAUUUCCAAGGUUUCUCUGACCCCCAAAUCCAUGCUUUCUUGUGCCCAACGCUGAAUCUCUACAAAAAAGGGGACCAAUAGAUCAUGCCUGUGAUCUUAGUAAUCCUAGCAUUUUGGGAGAUCCAGACAGGAGUUCAAGACUAGCCUGAAAAAAGGGCGUGGUGGUGGGGGAAGUAAAAAAAAAAAAAAAUAACCCAGAGUGGCCCGUGCCUGCAGUCCAGCUACUCAGGAGGCUGAAGUGAGAGGAUCACUUGAGGCCAGGAGUUUGAGGUUGCUGUGAGCUCCGUCGUGAACACCGUCGACGUAUCUUAUGCUACUGCACGCUAGCGGGGGAGAGAGAGCAAAACCCUGCCUCAUUAAAGAAAGAGGGGGGAACAAAUAGAGAAAAUAAGGACAAGAAAAUGAGGCCCUACAAAACGGGGAAAAAAAGCAAAGUUGAGGCCAAAGCAGAACAGAGCAGCACAGAAAGUAACAGAGAAAGGAGAAACUAAAAGAGAAAAAGGGAGUCGGAGAAACGACCAGGAAAGAAAAAAAAAAAAAAGUAAAGCCCCUCACUGGUGGUCUUCUAAGUUCUCUUAAGUCACUUUCGCAGCCGCAAGCCCCCGCCUUCCCUUGGAAGGUUAGGAACUGUUGAGAGAGGCUGGCGCGCCGCCUGCGGGUCGGGAGAGGCCGGGGAAGGAGAGGUUAAGGCCUCUCCCCGACCAGCUCCUGCCUCUCGCGGCGGCUGAUCUCGGGUGGCGGGCCAGGUGUCGCGGGUUUACUCCAGUUCGUGCUAAUGUGCAGCCGAGAAUCACCGUGAUAACAGCAGGGUGGGGUGACAGGCUUAGCGUCAGGGUCCAGGAAGGAAUGCAAACCUUCCCCAAGAAGAGGAUCCAGCUCCGUGCGGUCACUCUCGGUGCUCACUCCAGCUGUGCGCUCGCCACGGUGCCACGCCGUCAGCACCUGUCAUGUCAAGCAUGGGUGUCCCAAGGCCAGGUCUGAGCAGAGGGCUGGAUGCAGGUGCCAUGGCCCUGGUGCCCUAUGAGGAGACCGCGGAAGUGGGGUUGCAGAAAUUCCACAAGCCUUUUGCUACCUUCUCCUUUGCAAACCACACGAUCCAGAUCCGGCAGGACUGGAGGCAACUGGGAGUCGCAGCAGUGGUUUGGGAUGCGGCCAUCGUUCUUUCCACGUAUCUGGAGAUGGGAGGUGUGGAGCUCAGGGGCUGCUCUGCCGUGGAGCUGGGUGCUGGCACGGGGCUGGUGGGCAUAGUGGCUGCCCUCCUGGGUGCUCAUGUGACUAUCACGGAUCGAAAAGUAGCAUUAGAAUUUCUUAAAUCAAAUGUUCAAGCCAACUUACCUCCUCACAUCCAAACCAAAGCUGUUAUUAAGGAGCUGACUUGGGGACAAAAUUUGGGGAGUUUUUCACCUGGAGAAUUUGACCUGAUACUUGGAGCUGAUAUCAUAUAUUUAGAAGAAACAUUCACAGAUCUUCUUCAAACACUGGAACAUCUCUGUAGCGAUCACUCUGUGAUCCUUUUAGCUUGCCGAAUUCGCUAUGAACGGGAUAACAACUUCUUAGUGAAGUUGGAGAGGCAAUUUACUGUGAGUAAGGUUCAUUAUGAUCCUGAAAAGGAUGUGCAUAUCUACAAAGCACAGAAGAGAAACCAGAGGGAGGACUUAUAAUUGGCUGUAACUUAUGUGAAUGCUGUUAUUGGAUGAGUCCACUAAGGACUUAAAUUGGGACUGUAACCAUAUUUAAUAAAAUGGCUUAUUGUAUAAAAAGUCUAAUUAGAGGUUCUCAGGGGACAAGUACAUGUACAGUUUUAAAGCAGUGCUCUAUCCUACUGCUGAAAUUUAACAUUAAAGAAAUGUAUGAAAUUUUGGUUUAAGCUGUUUUUGUGUACCAUGCUAUUCCCUUUUGAUAAAAACAAUUUUCACUGAUGAGAAGGGAUGAUAAAAAUUAAUAAUCUUGUUUUGGUGAGGCUAAAUCAUGCAAAUUA